AUGAGUGGGGAGGUGAUUUGUGCACCGUACGAAACGUACACAGCGCUCCGGUUUUCGUUUACGCUUUUUGGGACGGUGAUUGCGACGUUGGGGUUGCCGGCAAAUUUGUUAUUGGUCUACGUAUUCGCCACCCGCAAAUGCUCCUCCACCCCUCCAACUCUAUACCCAUCAGCCAUUGCCAUCCUUGAUGCCGUCAUUUGCCUCGCCUACGUCCUCAUUUUCGGCAUCGACGCCAUCAUUAUCUUUGCGAAGAAUGAGAGUUUAUUCGUGCUCUAUUACCUUUAUAUAAUUCCUGCUUAUGUUGCUAGUCGUAUCGCGCAAUUGGCCAUACCAUAUAUGCUGAUAUUUGCAACGUUGGAGCGUUUUGUGUGGAUUACGGCUGGGAAAACGCGAAGUCGUUUUCUGCAACGUAUGUACAGCAAAUCCGGACGUCAAUUAACCUUAUUCAUAUCGUUGGCAGUAUGCGUAGCCCUUAGAUUACCAUUAUUUUGGGCUGUUACAGUGGAAGACUACCCAAAAUGCCCAAUAUUCCUACGCAGCAAACUGACCAAUCCGGCUGACUGGACCCUAGAAGACACCUGGCUCGCUACCGCCCACUAUUUUUCCGAUUACUACCUCCUUUCAUUUGGGCAGAGCCUCGUCCCAUUUUUGAUCCUGCUGGUUUUGAAUGGGGUAAUUGUUUGUAAACUCUACGAAGAUCAGACAAAGGACGAGCAAAAACAGCAAUUCUGCAAAUCCACCCUAAAUACAUUGGCUGUCACUUACGGCGAUUAUGGAACAGAAUUACACGCGGGCAGCCGUUCUCCUUCGUUUGCUGCGCUGUUUCCAGCAUUGAAGACAAAUAGUGUGCAGGUCCGGUCCGCAAUGUAUACAAUGUUGGCCAUCGUCACGUCAUAUCUAAUUUCCACUGGGCUUCAUCUUAUUCUAACCGUACUCGAGAGAUCUGGUUCGCCGCUAAUCAGCGAUUCCGAAGACCCAGAGCAAUUUUCCCUAUUCCACACAGCCUUUUCCGACGUUGUCACUUUCGUUAUUAUGCUCAGCUCGGCCAUCCGGAUCGUCAUCUACUACGUGUGCAACCCGAAAACUCGCGACGAUCUGCGAGUGGUGUUGCUCCGAAAAGAUUCGAUAGAAUACGUG